ACUUCUCUAUUUUUUUUUUCUCGUAAUACUAAUAGCGACAAUGAAGCUUAUUUUUGGUUAUGAAAUGGAUGCAGCAGCUGGGCAUAUUGGUCACGUUAUUUGUCCACCGCUUCUGUCCAAAAAAAUCACACUGUCAAGUACUGGUAAUACCAAUCGUUGGAUCUUCUAUGGUACUCGCAGACAGAUAUUGGAUUGGAUCAAAGACCAUGCAAAUAUUAUACUGGAAAAUGUAUUGUUUACUGGCGAUCAUAAGAACAUCAACAGCGAAACACAAUCCUACCUUCAUACAGAACUGAUAAUUGACCUACAACAUGUGUAUGAUCAAGAGCAAAGCUACACAGAUUAUUUCAAGUCGUUCUUUGUCGAUAUUCAUGACGUGGAAAGAGUAAAGGUCGAAAUUAGGCCUCGCAUUGAUUCAAAGGAUAGUGUAAUUCCUUCUCUAAAUAGAGUGAUUGUCGCCAAUGGGACAAGUUUAGGUGAUAUCGUCGAUGAGUUGGAAACGGAAUGGUUUAAGCCUUCUGCAUCUUACGCACAGCAAACGAUACAUUUGUUCACAGAUGCACCCACCCCAAGCCAUGUAGUAAGUGCAAAACCACCCACUUCUAUUCAAGUAACAAAUCCCGAAGCCACCACAACAAGCUCUGCUCCCGCCCCUACCGAAGCCGGUUUACCCGUCCAUUAAAUAAACAGACUCAUUCAUUUAUUGUAUUGUAACUUACUUUUUACUUUCUCAUACCAAUAUGCUCUAAACGAACAAUUAUCUAUUUGCAAUAAAAAUUCUCGGUUUAUCUUAAAUGAUGUGCUAUUCAUCUAAGCAUGUGGUUUAUGCUCAGCUUUUAAAGGUGAAACAUGAACUUUUCAUGCCAGAGCUGCUAUUUAAUCGAAGCAUGAAUUUUCUCCAUAUUUAUCAAAAUUGCCCGGGGAGGUUCAAGGAAAGUGUAAGGGAAUUAAAAAACCUUUAACG